AUGAGAGCCCUGAUUGCUUCUUUAAUGACGCCUCAAAAAAGCGAAAUCGAGAAAAUACACUCAACGCUGCAAGAAAUAAAAACUUGUAACAAUAGCAUAGAAAAAGCUUUGAGCUCUUUGACGGCACAAUAUGAGGAGCUCCAAAUGAAUUUUAAACAAUUUGAAGUUCAGGCGAAGAAGGACAGAGACUGUAUCGCAACUUUGGAAGACCGAAUAGAAGAUCUUCAACGUGCUAGUAGAAAAACCAAUUUGGAAUUAAAAAAUGUUCCUAAGCUAACUAAAGAAACUAAAGAAGAUCUAAUUGAAAUGACUGUAAAUUUGUCAAAAGUUAUCGACUGCAAAAUCGAAAAAAAUGACAUAACUGAUAUUUACAGAGUGCAGAAUAAGCGUAGUAAGGUGAAUAAUAGUUCGAUCGUGGUGGAGCUUGCUUCAACUAUUAAAAAAACUGAUUUCCUUAAGCAAGUUAAGGCCUUUAAUAUAAGACACAAAGAAAAAAUAUGUGCCAAACACCUUGGUUAUAAAAAGGAGGAGUACAUGCCUGUCUUUGUUUCCGAGCAGCUUACAGCUAAAGCAGCCCGCCUUCAUUUUCUCGCGCGGGACCUAGCUAAAUCUAAGAAAUUCAAGUACUGCUGGACUGCCUAUGGAAGGGUCUACAUCCGUAGAGAUGAAAACUCUCCUAUCAUACCGAUAAAGGCAGAAUCACAAGUAAACAAUCUCAUGCAAAGUUCAUGA